UUCCUUCUUUCUAAUGGCCCGCCCAUCUGAACAGAGACACUUAUUCAAUGAACACGGAACAAGGAACGACCUGAAGGCUUUUGGACAAACCUCUGCGGAAAUGGCUGAGAAGAGAAAAACAAGGAGGAGGUCCAUCUCUGAGCCGAUCAGCAGUGAGCAAAGUGGGGUUUUAUUUUGAAGGAAAUCGAACGUUAAUAUCUGAUGAGGAUUUCCAAACUGUCUGCAUGUAACCUGAAACCUUCCGAGACAUCGUUUGGGAAAAAUCGCCACAAGGACACCACAGUUGGGGUUCGGUUUAUAUCAGGCUACUUUGGACACCUCUGCAGCUGCAGAAAUGGCCGAGAAGAGAAAAACAAGGAGGGUGUCAAUCUCUGAGCCAAUCAGCAGUGAGCAAAGCGAGAUAACCGAGGAGCCAGGUGGAAAGAAACGUAAAAAAGAUCUUGAACCAGACCCUGCUGCAGAAAUGGCUGAGAAAAGAAAAACAAGAAGGAGGUCCAUCUCUGAGCCAAUCAGCAGUGAGCAAAGUUCACAGAUGAAUGAAGAUGAGUCCACAGCUCCAAGUAUCUCAGCCAGUGAUCGAUCCAAAGAGAUAAUAGACUUUAGUAAAGGGCUCAAACGUUCACCGUCCAGCGAGUCAGCAGCUCCAAGUGUCGCUCGGAGUCAUCAAUCCAUCGGCGAGCCGAUAUACUUUAAUGUGAAAAAAAGCGAGAUAACCGAGGAGCCAGUUAGAAAGAAACCUAAAAAAGAUCUUGAACCACAGAGAGAAGCUAAGGAUGACCCUGGGAGCAGCCAUCUUUUAAAAAUACAGACUAAUCAUAGAAAUGAAAUGCUGAGGAAAUUUGCGAAGACAUCUGAAGGUAACGGCGACCAAGAGAGCUCCCUGGACAGCAUCUACACUGAGCUCAUCAUCAGCACCGGAGAGAGUGAAGGGCCACAUGAAGAACAUUCGUUCAGACAACAAAGACAACCGUCUUCUACAAAUACAGUCCAUCUCAAGGACAUGUUUAGACAUGUUCUUCCCCAAGACACGACCCGCAGAACAGUCGUGACGAAGGGCGUCGCAGGGAUUGGAAAAUCGUUCUCUGUCCAGAAGUUCAUUCUUGACUGGGCCGAGGGAGAAGCAAACCAGGACUUUGAGUUUGUUUUCAGUCUUGCUUUCCGAGAGCUGAAUUUGAUAAGAGGUAACAAAAGCUUGCUCAAGCUUCUGAUUGAUAUUCACCCCGCACUUCGACAUUUGAAAGAGGUUUUAGACAAAGCCAAGGUUUUAGUGAUCCUGGAUGGCCUGGAUGAAAGCAGAAUUAAACUGGACUUUGAGAACAAGCCGGUUAAAUUGGUCACUGAAGAAACAUCUGUUGGUAAUCUCCUAGCAAGCCUCAUUCAGGGAAACCUCCUUCCCAAUGCGAGCCUCUGGAUAACAUCCCGUCCAGCAGCAGCCAAUCAGGUCCCUGCAAAGUAUGUCAGUAUGGUGACGGAGAUAAGAGGCUUCAAUGACUCGCAGAAAGAAGAAUACUUCAGGAGGAGAUUUAAAGAUGACGUCGACCUUCCUGAAAAGAUAGUUUCGCACAUACGCUCUUCGCAGACUCUCGACAUCAUGUGCCAGAUCCCCAUCUUCUGCUGGAUUUCUGGCAUAUUAUUCAAGGAGAUCUUUGCGGGAGACGAGAAAGCAGAAACUCCGCAAACCCUGACAGAGAUGAUGGCGCACUACCUGCUUGCCCAAACAAAACGCAGAAGCAGAAAGUACGACAAGAGCCCAGAGAGAAACAAAGAGAAACUUCUGAAGAAACACAAGGAAUUUCUUCUGAAACUCGGCAAACUUGCAUUUGUUCAGCUGCAGAAUAACAACAUCAUCUUCUAUGACGAAGACCUUAAAGACUGUGGCAUUGACCUACAAGAGGCGACCAUCUACUCUGGAUUUUGCUCCACAGUUCUCAGGGAAGAAUAUGUCAUUUCCCAGAAAAAGGUCUUCUUCUUUGUGCACCUGACCAUUCAGGAGUUCUUUGCAGCCCUUUUUGUUUAUGAAUGUUUCAUAAGCAAGAAUACAAAAGAGCUGGGCAACUUCCUCGACCUGAAGGACCAAGAACAUACCUUAUACGAUCUUAUGAAGAUGACAGUUGACAAAGUAUUGGAGGAGCAGAACGGCCACCUGGACUUCUUCCUCAGAUUCCUCCUUGGCCUUCUGGUAGAACCAAACCGCAGAUUCCUUGAGGGUCUCCUGACAUCGCCAGACCCGAGCCAAGAUACCGACAAGAAGAUCUUGACACAUCUUAAAGCCCUCCGAAGAAAGGCCCUUUCUCCAGAGAGUUGCAUCAACCUCUUCCAGAGCAUGGUUGAGAUGAGAGACACUAAAGUGAAAGAUGAGAUUCAGGAAUAUCUCAAGAAGUCCGAUCGUUCAAAAACAGAGCUGACUCCGCUGCACUGCUCUGCGCUGGCCUACAUGCUGCAGGUAUCAAAGAACCAGCUGGAUUGGUUGGAAUUGAAAAGCUUCAACACAUCAGACGAAGGCAGAAGGAGGCUGAUACCAGCAGUGAGGAUCAGCAGGAAGGCCAUCCUCGCAGACUGCAAAGUGACUGAAGAAUGGGUGAAACAUCUUUCCUUUGGUCUGAAGUUCCCCUACUCACCUCUAAGAGAUCUGGAUCUGAGCACCAAUGACCUGAAAGACUCAGGAGUGAAGCUGCUCUGUGACGGACUGUCCAAUCCAGGCUGCAGACUCGAAAGGCUGAGUUUGUCAGGUUGUCAGGUCACAGAGAAAGGCUGUACUGAUCUGGCUUCGGCUCUGAAGUCCAACCCCUCCCAUCUCCUAAAGCUGGAUCUGAGCUAUAACAAUCUGGGAGACUCUGGGGAGAAGCUGAUGUCUGAGUUGAGAGAAAAUACACAAUACAAGCUCAGCGAACUCCUUGUUGAACACGGUGGAAGUCACCGGAUGAUAGAUGGACUAAAGAAAUAUGCCUGUAAGCUCACUCUGGACCCCAACACAGUCCACAAGAACCUCCUUCUCUCUGAAGAGAACCGAAAGGUGACCUGGGUUGAAGUCGAGCAGCCGUAUCCCGAUCACAAAGACAGGUUUGUUACCUGCCAACAGGUGUUGUGUGAACAGGGUCUCGACGGACGCUCCUACUGGGAGAUGGAGGUGUUGGAGCCCUUCAUGGUUGGAUUAACGUACAAAUCCAUUGGCAGGGAAGGGCAUGAUGGCAAGCUGGGAAGCAACGACAAGUCAUGGUGUCUGGUUUGCUCCAAUGAGGGUUGUUUUGUUACGGGCGAUGGAGAGAAAGUCAGUGUGCCUUCACAUCAUUCACGCUCCAGUCGGGUGGGGGUGUAUCUGGAUAAGCCGGCCGGCAAUCUGUCUUUCUACAGGGUUUCCUCCGACAGCCGGACCCGCCUCCAUACCUUUAAAACAACGUUCAACGCGUCGCUCUAUCCCGCAGUUGGUCUUUACACUGUCCCCAAGAACUCACAGUCUUAUGCCUUGUUUUGGUGAUGAUGUGCGGGAGGUGGAAUAGAGAGAGUAGGUUCGAGUCCCACUGCAGUCAGCAUGUCGUUGUGUCCCUGGGAAAGACACUUCACCCCAAAUUGCUCCUGUUGGGAUUGCACACAGUAUUGAGUAUGUAAUUUGCUUUGGGUAAAAGUGUCUAACAAGUGACAUGUAAUGUUGAUCCAGUCAAGAGGUAGACAGUGAUACAGCUGAUCGAUUACAGCCUUGUAAAUAAGUCAUUUUGUUGCAUGAUGAAGUUCUGUUUCUUGGACUUUUCUAUUGACCAAGGGUCGUCAACGCAAGUACUGCGACGGAAAUAUCCUGUCACUUCAGUACAAAGACUUAAAUAUGCCUUUUAAGACUUACCUUUGCAAAUAAGUCAAAAAAAAAAGACUUGCCACUGAUACAGAAUGGCUGCUUAUUAAUCCAAUUGCAUUAACAAUGGUUUGUAUCUUCAUUGUUGACUGCACUUAUUGUAGGUCGCUUUGGACAAAAGCAUCAUUUAAAUGUAAUGAUAUGUAAAUGUACAGUAUAACCUAGCUUGUGUCAUAUAAGCGUAAUUCCCACAAGCAAUGCUAGGCAUCUUUACGAAAAGAAUAAAAAAAUAAAAAUAAAGACAAAACAACCAAAUACAAAAACAUGCUACGACUUCAGAAAUAUUCCAACCUUUUCAAGAGAGGAGAGUGCAGCAUUUUCUUUUAAAUCGACUAGAUUUGAAGCCAGGCCUUUUCUUUUUUAAACGUUUUCCGGAUGUAAAUAGGUUAUAUCUUUUCUGUUUUUUGAGUUACGUUUAAAGCAUUGCCUUUUAUUAUUUUCUCUAUGAUUUUUAAAUGAUUUAUUAUCUUUACCUGUAUUCGGGGGGAGGGAUAAACGAUGUUCCAUAUUUCAUGUCGUGUGUAGUUUUGCAGGACCAAAUACAUCUGUGUGUUUAAGACUUAAGCUGCUCUUUCCUUCGUCUACAUAUGUGUGUAAAGUCUCUAUGACCACAUCCAGAGGAAACUAAGCUUGUGUGUGUGUGUGCCUUAACUUUAGAAACAAUAUCCAAUAAUGCAUUUAAGACUUUAGCUGCUCUUUCCUUCAUCUACAUCGGUGUGUUUAGAUUCUAGCAAUGACCAACUACAGAGAAACUGAGUUGGCCUUAACUUUAGAAAAAGUAAAUAAUGCAUUACAGACUUUAGUUGCUCUUUCCUUCAUCUACUCUUUAGUCCUCAACACUAUCAUCCAUAUACAUAUAUCCACCGUAAUAACAUAUCUUGUAUCUAAGCUUUCAGAUUACAGCAGAUCUGCAGUAACAUCCGAAGGAGUCAUGUGAUCACAUUGUUAAAAAUAAGCUUAUAAAACAUUUUAGGUAAGUUUCCAACAACAGAGACAGUUGUCCAGCUUUACAAUCCUGAACGUCACCAAGCGCUCCGGUCCCAGCUGUGUGCGUCACUCUUUAGUGUCCCCUGGUCUCCCAGCUGUGUGCGUCACUUUUUAAUGUCCCCUAGUCUCCCAGAUGUGUGCGUCACUCUUUAGUGUCCCCUGGUCUCCGUUGUGUUUUGAGCGUCCUGCAGUGUCUCGUUUAUGCUGUAACGCGUGUGCACCGGUUGGAAUUGUUUGUAGAGAUGCCAUCAUUAAUCAUAUUAGCAUUAGAUGUGUCUUUAUUCCAUAAUCAAAUUGUUUGUCUUGAAUUUUGAAAAUGUGUCUGUGAUUGUAACAUUUGUUUGACGAUUAUGGGAUUGUGUUCAUGCAAAAAAAAAAAAAGUGUAUUUUUGUUUUUUGACUUUUAAUUGUUUAUCUGCCUCACUUUUAAUCGUUUUUUUAAAUGUAGCUAUACUGCAUAGAAGGUAUUACAAAAACGUUUGAAUCACUCAAUGAAUCUAUAAAUACUGAAUAUUGUUUAAAAAAUCAGUUACAGUUUGGGAAUCUCAGAUGUAUAUAUCUCAAGUAUUCAUAAUGUGCAACAACAGAUAAAGGCCAUUCAUUGUUAAAACCAUCCAAAUCCAGUUCAAUUAAUAUUCCUUAAAUUGGACAAUAAACACAAGGUGAUUUAGAUUAAUUAAUAACCAUGGCAACCUAUGUCUUUGCUCAUUCACUCUUCAUGUAUUUUACCUUCAUGGCUUCAUACAGUAAAUGUUGGAUGUUUUCAUGUUACCAUCACAUCUAUAUCAAUAAAACUUCAAUAAAGAAAGAUCUGUUUCUG